GCAGGAUUCACACGAGAACCCAUUUGAGAAACCCAGUCGUGCACUUCGGCAUACAAAACGUACAUUCCCGGCCUCACCACUGCUGCCUGUGCAUUGCAUGCUUGGUUUACUUCGAGUUGCUUGGUGGAGGUGGUCGUCCAUGGAGGCCAAGAGGAGGCGGCGCGGCGUGCUGGACCUGGAGGCGCAGUUCGCCUUCUUCCGGUCGCAGCAUCGCCACCCGGUGAACGCCGCCGCGCACGCGCUGCUCGCCGGGCCCAUCCUCUUCACCAACCUCCUCAUCCUCCACUUCCUGCCGCUGCCACUGCCACUCGACCCGGCGCUCGCCCUCGCCCUCGCCUACGCCGCCUCCUACCUCGCCGUGGACCGUCGCGCCGGGGCACUAGCCGGGCUGCUCUUCCUCGGCGCCUGGGCCGCCAGCCGCGCCCUCGCCGCCCGCCUCGGCUUCGCGCUCUCCUGGAAGCUCGUGCUGGCCACGCAGCUCUUCUGCUGGACCUGGCAGUUCCUCGGCCAUGGACUCUUCGAGAAGAGAGGGCCGACGGUGAGAGAACUUCCCGAGGUGUUCCUCAUGGAGCCAUUCCUCAUCCUGCUGCAGAUACUGAACAAACUGUUUGGCUAUGAGCCAUACCCUGGAUUCAGCAAGAACGUGGAUAAGAAGAUGGAGGCCGAUCUCAGUCUCAGGAAGAGCAGAGAACUCAAGCAGAGCAAGAUGAACUGAUCGCAUAUGUUCCGGUGAUUCUACAAAAAUAGCUAGCAAACUGUGCUUACCAUUUGUGCUGUUUGUGCAUGUUAUCUUAGAUAUUGUGCUAUCGAACUUUAUGAACACACGACGAUGUUGCGGUAUUGAAGCCUUGUGUUCCAGUCGCCGGGAAGGAGAUGGAGCCUCGCCUGAAGCGAGCGCCAUACUGGGCCCGCCCAGUGCACGAGAGGCCACUGCCUCUUUCUUUAUUUUUUUUUCUGUACAUCAGGUUUUCUGUUUUUCAUUUUUUGCUUUAU